AUGGCGGUCAGUGAGGGUGGAGGUGGUGUCAUGGUUAAGGUAAACUUCUUUCAGGUAAACUUUAUGUUACAAAUUAUGGUGACCAGGAGUUUUGUAACCUACAUAUUUCUCAUUUUACUGAGCUGGAGGUCUGUCCAGUCACUGAACAGAUGUCAGCUAACUAAUAUCACAAUCUCUGUGGAGAAGGAAGAAUGUGGAUAUUGUGGCAUGGUCAAUGCAACUUGGUGCGCUGGUUACUGCUUCACUAAGGAUCCAGUCAGCAAGAAUUCUUUGGCCACCAUCUAUCAAGAUAUUUGCAGCUACAAAGAAAUUGUCUAUGAAACCAUAACCAUUCCAAACUGCCCUGCCAAUGUUGAUCCUUACUACACCUAUCCCGUCGCUACAGGCUGUCAAUGUGGAAUGUGUAACACUGAAACCACUGAUUGUACAGUUUCAGCUCUGGAACCUACACACUGUUCCCUGACACCAUAA